AUGGCAAGUAUCAGACCCACCUGGAAGAUUGAUGAGGUAUUCUCAUUAAGAAUACGGCUAAGAAUUAUAGAAGCCAAAAGCCUUGAAUUCAUAACAAGUGGGAAGCUUUUUGUUACAUGCUACCUCUGCACAGGCAACAAAGAGAGGAUCCGGCUUAACGGUCGAGAGAUACCAUCCACGAGUCGCCCUUACUGGAACGAGUCAGUUUCCUUGGAGUGCUCUGCAGCCAACAAAGAUCAAUGUCUGGACCAACUCAAGCAACAAAGCGUGGUGUUCGAAUUAAGAUGGAGAAACAACUCACCGAUUCUCGGGAGAAUUGUUGGGUCUAAGCUUUUGGGUAGAGCUGAGAUACCGUGGAAAGAUGUGUUGGAAUCGUCCAAUAUGGCGAUUCAAAAAUGGGUCACUACCAUUUCAGCUAGUAGUGAUGUUCUUGAUCUGGGCUUGAAGCCACCAGCACUGCAUGUUGAGAUGAAGGUUGGAGUCCCAAGCAUUGCCAAGAUGGUGAAGAGAAUGAGUGAUGAUGCUUCGAAGAAGUGGGACAAGUGUGGUUGCAAACAUGGAAGUUGCUCUAAUAGUGGAGAAGAUGCGGUGGAGAUAAUGAGGUUUUUGUACUAG